AUGUUGAAAGGCCGCACGGGUCCACCGCAUUGGCGAGGCACUGGUCUGAGGCCAGAAGCCAACGGAGCUCGUCAAGUCGUGCUGGAGCUGGGCAUCGCAAGGAGCAAUCGUUCCAAUUUUCAGAGUUGUGCGGCCUUUGAGAUGGGACCCCAUAGUCUCCAUGGACUAGAGAGAAGGCCGCUGAUCCAGAAUGACGAACGAAGUCGCUCAACCAGUCAUAGGGCAACGGAAAGCUGCUGCCAUCCUGUGAAAUGCCUUGCGGGUGAGGAGGUAUUGCCUGAGGCUUUGGAAGGGCAUGCAAGCUGCGUAGAAUCGCCAAAUUAUCGGAGAGCAUCUUCGAAGGCGAAUCUGGCCAAUGUGUCAGAAAGUGUGGAUCGUGUUGAUACAGCUGAGUUGCCGCAAAGUCGCAGCGCUGCGCUGCGCGGGCGCUUCGUCAAUGCAGGCUUUGAUCUGUCACUCGAGGUGCCGGAGCCGGAUUCCUGA